AGUUUUUUUUAAUGAAUGGAGGGGAAAUAUGACAUCUGCAGCAGCAAAAUGCCUUUUAUUUGUCUAUUUUUGUUUGAUGACAUUGCUGAUUGAUCAAAGCAUUGAAAUGUGCACGAGUGGCAAGGUAAAUCAGGUUUACACCUGUCUGGAGGCUUGCUGGAAUCGGAUUCGCUGCUUCAUGUAAUGUGGGGGGAGUUAAGGGGGAUGUUUGGAAGCAUGCACUUGGAAAGCAAGACUUCCAGAAGUAGACUGAUAACAGAUAUCAAGCUCAGCACUUCUGUCAACUUCAACACCAGUCACGCCAGCUUUUAGAUUAAAUAUGCAUAUUGUUUUCCAUUAAAUAUAUGUAUAUUUUCAGUUGAUUGUUCAUUGUUUACCAGGACGAGAGGAACACUGGUUUUUAAAUAUGUGGCUGAUUUUAUCAAUGUGUGCACUGGUUAAAGCUUUCCAUGCGGACUUCUCGGAAACAGGAUCUGGUUCUGCGGACUCAGAGAGAUUCAACACACAUCUGAACAUGUUUACACAAAGAGUGGAUUUGCUUGAGCAGCUUUCUGGUUUGGUAUCAAACAGCAGAAACGUUAGCCUCUAUGAGGAGGAUCAAGGUUGCCCAGUGCUGGACAUUGGCCUGUACUCCACACUCACUAUGCCCAGCCAUGAAGCAUUUGGAUCAAGCUUUGCAGAUGAGUUCAGUGUGCUGAUUCAACUGCGAAGCUCUCAGGACGUCGAGCGAAGUCUGUUGACUUUGCUGAACUUCUACAAUCACAUUUUACUCCAGAUCCGAAUUGGCCCACACAGCAUCACCUUCAUCACCACUCAACGCCGGGACUAUGAGUUUUCAGUGUCAGGACUGGCAGACUCGCAGUGGCACUGGAUCUCGAUUGGGGUUGCGUUUGAAUGGCUGGCUGUAUAUGUGGACUGCGUGCUGGUGGAGAAAGUCAGCUGGAUGUACCCGUACAUGGGCAUCACUACAGAUGGUCUACUUAUGGUCGGCGGCAUCCUGGAAGGGUUUGAGACCCCUUUUGAGGGAGAGCUGAGACAGAUGACCUUCAUAAUGGGAGAUGCAAAUGCUGCCAAGGAUCAUUGUGAGCUUCAUCAGCAUAUGUGUGGACACAGCCUUUUUAAGAUGGAAAGUAGCGCUGAGGGCCCUUUGCCACCCUCAGCUGGCUCAACAGCAGACACAACGUUCACAUCAGAUCCCUCCACUGCCACAGAUGACACAGCCAAUAUGCAUUCAGUUCCCGAGCUCAGGCCUGAACCCAGAGAAUCACAUGGUUUGAACUCCAGUGUCUCUCAAAAAUGGGCCAUUUCUUCUCAUCCGAACAGAACUUCUUCAAAGCAGUCGGUCCGUGGCUUUGUGGUGGUGGAUGAGUCUGAGCGCCUCGCGUCUCCUGUCGUAAGCACACAUAGCAGGUUUAAGGACACCAAGGACAAAAAGAUCCAGUCCACCACCUUCAAAUCAUCAGAGACUUUCACAACUCAAAAACUGAAAGCUGAUUUGAGUAAAGGUCGUCUGGAGCAGCACCAUUUGAAGCCGUCUGGGGACAUCUCUGAGCUGGAUUCUAGCUUAAAUGUAAAGACGUCAGCUGGUCAGAAGGAUCUGCUCAGGCCCACAGUCCAUCCCGAGUUAAACCAGUUGACUGAAGAAGGUUUCUUACUUUCCUCACAGAGCAUCUCUGGGUACUCUAGUCAAGUAGUUAAACAGCCUUCGGUCGAUGUUUCCUCACAAAAAGGAUAUGAAAUGCUUAUAGGCACUGUAAGAGCUGACAACAAGUUUUCAAGAGUUAUCCGUAAACAUGGAGAUGUUAUAUUAGGCAAGGAUGGAAGAAGAUACAGACUUCUCAGUGGACCUCCAGGGCCUGUUGGACCACCAGGGAAAAGAGGUUGUGCAGGUAAUAGAGGAUAUAUUGGAUACAAGGGUGAUAAGGGAUCUCAAGGUGUCCAGGGAAUGGAUGGGCUAAGAGGCAUACAAGGACCUCCAGGGCCUCCGGGACUCCCAGCCUUGUACCUUUGGAGGAACACAGAUGAGGAUUGGGCUGCAUUCAGGAGGACACCUUAUUACCAGUUGCUGGCUGCUGGGUGGCCUAGAGAGACUGGACAACCUGGACCAAUGGGAGAGACAGGGAGACCUGGUUUACCUGGUUUACCUGGAGACCCAGGCCAGUCAGGACCACCAGGACGGAGAGGUGAUAUGGGUGGCAUGGGACCAAAGGGUGUUCGAGGCCGUGCAGGGACUCAAGGAAGAGAUGGACGGAAAGGUCUGGAUGGCAUAAGAGGAUCUCCAGGGAUUCCUGGCUUACAGGGUCCUCGUGGUUACAAAGGUGACACAGCUCCCCCUGGUGAAAAAGGAGAGGAGGGUUUCCUUGGUGCUCCUGGGCCAAGAGGGGAUAAAGGACAGACUGGCCAAAAGGGAUCAAAGGGAGAAAUGGGGUUUACUGGGUUUUCUGGGCCUCCAGGAUUUGUUGGUUUACAAGGUGUUGAAGGAAUUCCAGGGCAACCUGGUCCUAAGGGGGAUCCUGGACAUGAUGGAAAGCGUGGUCCUGCAGGCACUGUGGGAGCACCAGGGGCUACAGGACUGGUUGGUGCGCAAGGUGUUAAUGGCUCAGAAGGGGAUGCUGGACCUGCUGGUCCUAUUGGACGUAAAGGCCCACAGGGGCCUAGAGGAACUGAUGGAAUCAGAGGCCCACCUGGUCAGCCUGGAUUACAGGGACUUCCAGGUCAGGGUGGUCCACAGGGUCUCAAAGGUGACAUAGGUAAAGAGGGUCCAGUAGGAAACAGAGGGCUACAAGGCAUUGAAGGGCCUAUGGGUAUGACUGGAGAUCCAGGUCCAAAAGGCUUUCCAGGUGUCACAGGCAAUAGGGGCCCGGAUGGAGAGAAGGGUGAAGAAGGACCCAAGGGGAAAAAAGGUCCACGAGGAGCACCAGGCAUCAUGGGUCCUCAAGGCGAGAGGGGUCAGUCAGGCCUCACUGGAUUACCUGGUGUCAAAGGUCAACCAGGGGCUGCAGGGAUCCAGGGUAUAGAUGGUGAAGUGGGUCCUCAGGGAAUGCUGGGAAAAGAGGGUCAGAAGGGCAGCAGGGGUGAACCUGGUGGUAAUGGAAGAACAGGAUCAAAAGGAUCCAGAGGUCGAGCAGGCCAACAUGGUCCUCCUGGUAUACCUGGAAUAGUGGGAUUACGAGGUUCAGUUGGUGCUGAGGGACCAGAAGGAAAGCCUGGUACACAGGGUGUUUCUGGUUCUGUCGGAAACCCAGGAGAUAAAGGACCCCACGGCCUGAGGGGUGUGAUUGGAGAACCAGGAAAGCAAGGUCCUUCAGGCUCACAGGGCCCACCUGGACGACCAGGCCAAGAUGGUUCUCAAGGCCCUCCUGGUGAAAAGGGCUUCACUGGAAAAGCUGGCUUGGCAGGUGCUCAGGGGCCUGUAGGCAUGUAUGGCUAUCCAGGAGCCAUCGGCCUUCGUGGACCGCCAGGACACACAGGAGAAAGGGGUGAACCUGGCAUUAGGGGACCAUUAGGACCACCAGGGAAAAGAGGACCACCUGGUUUAGCUGGCCCAGCUGGAGAGAGAGGCUCACGUGGACCCCCGGGUCGCCAAGGAGAAACUGGACCUACGGGCUUCCAAGGACUGCCUGGGCCCUCUGGACUGCCAGGUGCUGAAGGUGUAACUGGAAAGCAAGGACCCCCAGGCAGCCUGGGGCCUCAGGGGUCAAAGGGAAAACAAGGACCAAUUGGAUUGCCAGGCUCACCAGGAUCAAGUGGAAUGAUUGGUCAGACAGGAGAGAAAGGGGAGCAGGGAGUGCCAGGACCUGCAGGUGACCCUGGAUCUGUUGGACUGUAUGGGCCACAGGGCCAUCCUGGUCGAGUUGGUUUAGAGGGUCCAACAGGGUCAAAGGGGGAUGUUGGAUCACCUGGACCCAAGGGAAAACCUGGUCCAAAUGGGUUUCAGGGAGAACAGGGGCCUCAGGGCUCUCAGGGUGUUCUAGGUGCUCCAGGACCUCGUGGCAAAGAGGGAGGUAUUGGACCUCCUGGUAUAACUGGAAACCAGGGCCCCAAAGGACAAAAGGGUGACCCUGGACAUCGAGGAUUCUCUGGCCAACAAGGUCCUCCUGGACUUUUGGGGGAUGGAGGAGAGCGUGGACUAAAAGGGAAUAAAGGCUACCUCGGAUCACAGGGUCAAAAUGGUUUAAUGGGAAAGAUUGGUCCAUCUGGAUUAAUGGGUCUAGAGGGUUUGAUGGGUCUUCGGGGACCACCAGGAGCAAACGGCCCACCAGGCCCAAAGGGUGAAACUGGAUCACCAGGACCGAAUGGAUAUCCAGGAGAUCAAGGCAAUCAGGGGCUGGCUGGCCGGAGGGGUUUACAAGGGGUUAUGGGGAAGGCAGGACCUCUGGGAGUCGUGGGUCCAAAAGGCCCCCAGGGCUUAAUGGGCCCAAAGGGUUUCCCAGGACAAGAGGGACCUAAAGGUGAACCAGGAAGACGAGGACCGCCUGGGCUGAAAGGUCCACCAGGUCUAACUGGUAAUAAUGGACCCUCUGGAUUUCCUGGAAAAGAGGGUCUUCCAGGAGAAUUAGGACCUGAUGGCCCUGUUGGCCCUCCAGGACCACAAGGUCCAAAAGGCAAACCUGGGCCUCAAGGAAGAAAUGGACCAAAAGGCCAAAAGGGAAAUGAUGCACGUAAGGGGUCUUCUGGAAAGACUGGGCAUGCUGGAAGGAGAGGGAAAGCAGGAAAAGCUGGUCCGAGGGGUCUUAGAGGACCAAAAGGACAUAAGGGCCAGCAGGGUGCACAGGGAAACACUGGACCUCCAGGCAGACAAGGACAAUAUGGUCUACCAGGCAUUCGAGGACAGAAAGGAGAGAACGGUGCAAAAGGCUUUGAGGGAGAGAAGGGGGAUCGUGGGCUGCUCGGUCCUCCAGGGGGAGACGGACUGAAGGGAAAUCGAGGCCUGCAGGGGGUGAAAGGGAGACCAGGACCAAAGGGAGAGCAGGGAGAUAUUGGUCCAACAGGUCAAAGAGGGACACCGGGUCUACCAGGCAUGCCUGGUCUGUUUGGAGAAAAGGGUUUAAAAGGAUAUCCAGGACUUACUGGUCCAAAAGGAAAGCGAGGACGUCAAGGCCCGCCAGGUCUUCCGGGUCCGCCAGGCUUAUCUCUAAACCUAACACUGACUCAGCUAAAAGACCUCAUGUACCUCUCAGACAAGCCCAACUAUCCUCUUCUCAGAACGCUGCUGGACUCCCUUCAGCAAGACCUGCGCUUCUUCAUUGAUCCUCCAGACGGCAGCAAAGAUCAUCCGGCCACAAGCUGCCUGGAGCUGAUGAUCACUUUUCCAAACCUAACCAGUGGGAUGUAUUACAUCGACCCCAAUCAAGGCAGUUCUGCUGAUGCUUUAUGGGUUUAUUGUAACCUCAGUGAAGGACAGACAUGUUUGUCUCCUCUGCAGCCACAGAUGCCCAUAAGAUCCUGGCUGAAAGAUGGCACGUCAGACUCAUUCACGUGGUUGAGCACUAUAGAUGGCGGCUUUCAGUUUGAUUACACAGAGACCAGUGUGGUGCAAAUGCGAUUCCUCCGACUGAACAGCAGGAUUGUAAAGCAGAACAUCACAUUUUCAUGCCAGUCAAACAGCCACCAGGGCUUCAAUGAAAGAGACAUAAAGUUCCUCGCUGACUCGAGAAGACAGAGCUUCUUGGGAACGUUACUGGAUUGUGAACCUUCAGGGCCGCUGGAUUCGGGCCCUCGGGAGUCUGUCUUUCAGUUUGAGACUGAAGACCUGGACCUUUUACCAAUCAGAGAUCUGGCUUUAUUUGGCCACAGGGAAACGGCAGAAGAGUUUUGGUUUACUGUAGGAGACGUGUGCUUCAGCUAAAACACACACACACUCUCAUUUGAGGACUGCUGGACUGAAUGCUGAGCUCUAAUCCAGUCACUCUGCUGACAAACGUAGAACAACAAGCUAAAAAUCAGGACUUACCUUAAUUUACUGGGGCCGGAUUCAUGACAGUAGUCUUAAAGGGAAAGAUGACCCCUUCACUCAACUUUCUUUGGCUUAUUCCCUGCUCUAUCAGUGGUCGCCACAGAGGAAUGAACCGUUACUUACUCUGGCAUAUGUUUUACCAGAGGAUACCCUUCCUGCCACAACCCAGUGCUGGGAAAGACCCAUAAACUCUCUCAUUUAAACACUCAUACACUAUGGCCAAUUUUUUAAAUCUAAUUCACUGAGUAAAAAAUAUCUGUUAAUUAACCAGCACUGUAUUUUGUGAUUCACAAGUGUUUUACAGUUAUGAGUUGCAUUAUUGGACUUUGAUCUCUGCUCUGUCGACUUUUGAUGUUGAAAAUUCAACUCUACAGUUUAACAAAGUGACUUA